AUGUUUACACACUCUUCUGAGAAGAAAAAUUAUCGUCAUUCGUCCACUAUGUAAUGUAAAAACUCGCCGUGUAACGUGAAGAAAGAUUUUAGAAUAAAGUGAAACUCGAGUUAUGAAAUUUUGUUUAUCAUUGCGCGUUGAUUUCUUUUUUUUUUUUUCAAAAAAAUCACAACAGUUUUGAAACAUUAGUGGCAGUUACUGGUACACUGGUGGUUCAUCUUCACGGAUACGAAACUAUUUCCGUCGAGUUCGUUUGUAGGAUGUUUUCGUGAGCUGCGAGGGUAACUUGAGGCAGUCGAUGCCCGAUGACAGUCCAACUGACGGAAGCACGGAAAAUCCAUCGAUUCCAUUCGAUCCACGGAUAAGAAUACCCUUCGGAAAAACAACAUGGGGAUUCCGCAAAACCGAACCGUAA